AUGGCGUCGACCCCUCUACUUCAAGUUAUUUUGGCCGCCUUUCACAGAAGCUUAUCGUCGAUGUUGAAGGCUGACCUGGUUUGCCCGGUGUUCAUUGCCUUUCUACGGCGCCUAUUCCGGGCAUUUAGAAAGCAUUCUUUUGUUUGCUUCCUAUGGAGAGGGCGAGGCAAGCCGGACUUACCGGGUCGUUCUCCGCCCGCGACAGGCUCUCCAGUGACACCCAAGGAGAGGUGGGCGUUCGAAGGAGGCGAGCAAGAGCCUGUGAACACUGGCGAACUCGUACCCUACAUCGUCUCCGAUGGCGAGGCGAUCUCGCUUGAUGGCGUCCUGCUAUCUAGCUUCCCUUAUGCUGGUUCGAUUCGCAGCGUUCGUCGGUCGAUGCAGAACCUGCAUGCACAGCGAUCGACCACCAACCUCGCGGCACCUUCCCGCCCCACAUCCCCAUCUCGCUCAGGGCUGUCGAUACGCACUGGCGUCAAUGCUUCUCACUCGUCAAUCAAUCAUGGCGCAACAUCCUCAAUUGGAGACGCCGCAUCUGAGUUGGAUGACGGCGUCACUCCCCAUAUCCAGAUUCGCAGACCCACCGUAGACAUCCGUACAGGGGAUCAUAUAACGUUUACGUCGCCAAUAUCUGACUUGCCUCAUACCAUUUACCGCGAGCCAGUUGCCUAUGCUCCUCCAGUGGAUUUAGCAGACUCUUCCCCUUUUCAGACUGCAAUGGAGGUGUUGUCCGAUUUGCAUGAAUAUCCGAAUUUAAAUCGAGCACGAAUGACCCCCAUAAUGCCAGACGGAACCAAACGUUAUGAGAAAAAUGCGACAAUAGAGAAGAAGACGACGGCGAUACCUCUCAAACCACUCACUAGAUCAUUCCUCAAACCUAUACCACCCGUCGGCUGGAGAAGAUACGCGCAUCCAGAAGGCGGCCGCUAUUUUAGGCACGUCACCGCGAACAAAUUGAUUGUAUACACAGAUGCAGACCUGUUCGAUGACAAUAUCCUGGACAGAGCGGAAGAAGACAUCGAGGCCAUUGAAAACUAUAUCACCACGAACAACCUCACAUCUCUGUUCGAGCGACCUUGCUGCCUAGUCAUUGAUCUCAACUACAGCGUGGAGGACGAUGGCCAAAUAGAUACGAUUUACUAUCUCGUUGACCAUCCAACGCGGACUAUUUUCUUCUUUGACUACCUUGAUAUCAACGAGGACAGUUUACCCGUCUGGAGAGAGGCCCCUGGAUCCGAGUCCGAACAUCAUCUUUACUACGAAAUCCAAGCACAAUAUUGGUACUUCCUAUCUCUAUAUCCGGACACCAUCAAGUUGUCAUCCCCUUUGAUCUCAGAGCUUCGGGAUGUAACCCUGCAUUUCAUAGGAGAUACUAUGACGUCUCCUCUUUCGACAUCGCCUUACACGUUGGACGAUCUGUACAAAAUCCUAACACUGACGACCAACAUGGAAAAGAAUAUUGGGGACGGACUCCAGUCUGUGGGUGCCACCAGCUUGCUUGCAAGAAUGUUGUACACUUUCGUCCACGCCAAAUUCCUUCACUUUCAUGGCGAAGCUCAUGCACGCAUUGAACGCAACUACUCCGUGUACGGUGAUUCGACGAAUCAGCGUACCCUUCUUAUCAAAGCAGUAUCUCUCUUCCUGUGGUCUGCCCCAGAUGUUCAUCUCCGGACCUUGCAGAGGAUGUGGGUGGACGAAAUAAUGCAUAAAGCCGUGUGGGAGGAAUGUGUAAAGAAGAUGAAUGAUGAAUGGCAAGAAUUCGUCCUCUUUGGCACUGUUAUGCUGAACGCAAACAUGGCACUUCUCGCCAUUCAAAGCGUAGACGAGGAGGGCCCAAUGAAAUCAGGCGUACAGAUAUCCAGUUACCUGUCGGUGGUGGCUAGUAUCGGAAGCAUUAUUCUCGGUCUGCUUUUGGUUCGACAGAACCGGACGAAAUCAAGAGAGACCGCUGAUGAUGUGCAAGCAUUCCUCAAUCGGAGGAAGCAUCCGCUUUUGGGCUUGGAGACAUUGGCAAUUCUGUACGGCCUUCCUUAUGCUCUUCUUAUGUGGGGCAUGGUGUCUUUCCUCGCGGCGUUUUGCUUCAUGUGCUUCCAGCAUACAAGUAUUCCUACCCGGUCACUCGUGGCUCCUGCUGGCGGUGCCAUCGCCGUUUUCAUCGCGUGGUGCAUCUGGAGUUCUUGGGAAACGACCGAAGAAGCCAGCGGGUACUUAACUCCGGACCCCAUCGCGGUGAAGACCAAAGAGCUUAUCUCCAAACUUUCGAUGGCUCCACUGAUCAGUAAGGCCGCCGAGCACCUCCCAUCGCUGCGCCGUCGCAGGCGGAUGGACGUACAUCCCGACAAUGUGAGCGGUCCUAGUCCUACGUUGAGCAACGAUCCUGAAGACAUGAAGAUGAGCCGGUCGUCGACGACAGCUAGCGGUGGGAUCCCAUCCUUGCUCCAAAUGAAUGGCCCGUUCAUCGGAAGUACGACAACUCACCCCGUGGAACAAAUCAGAGGCGAUGUGGAGCUGAACAGCCUGGAAGCUGGGCAAGGACGGAGCAGUGGUGUCUAG